AUGGAGGAGCUUUUAGGUAUAAGUUCCAAAAGACUUUGCGCCAUACUUGAUGGGGCUGAGCCGCCUUCUGACACAGAAUCAUCCAGCACAUCAUCAUCACCUGAAAAGUUGGAAACUAUAUCCCUAGAUAGUAUAUCAUCUGAUGAAGAGAUUUUAAGCGAGGGGAGCAAUAAAAAAAAGAAGCAUAAGCACCGCCGUCACGCUUCCAAGUCCAAGUCGAAGCACAAACGCAAAUCAUCGUCUGACAAGUCCGAAAAUGGCGAGGAUCGCUCAAAGGCUUCCCGUGCUGGACUCACCGUGCUGGAGCUCCUUGAGCUGCAAGCGAGGGCGAGGGCGAUCAGGGCACAGCUGCAGCAGGAGCAGGCUACUGCGGACGUAACUGACCUAACUGGGGCACCACAUGUCUCAGAUGACGAGGUGGAAAUCAAGGAAGAACCAGCCGAAGUGGUAGAGAUAAGCAGCGAGGAUGAGAAGCCGAAAUUGGAGGAAUUACAAAAAGAAAUAGAACAAACAUCAAACAACACGACCGAGCCAUCAAACCAAGAAACCCAAACAGUGACAAAAAGGAUUAACGACCUAAUAAUCACUGUGCCGCAAACAAAACCAACGCGUAAAAUCAAACUCAACCGUAACAAAGCUUUAGUCCAAAACCCCAGUGAUAGCAAUAUUAAAAGUAACAAAAAUAUUCUAGCGCCAUCAAAUAUUAAUGCUGCCGGCAAAGAAAAAGAGGAUGAUAGUCAAUCAAAAGUCAGCAUCGUCGAUAGCAGCAAUAAACCGCAAAAAGCACCAGAGAAUACUAAUGCGAAAAAAUCAGACUCUUCUACGAAAAUCGCAGCAAAAGAGAAACAGAAGAAGAGGCAGAAGAAAAAAGGAAAACAGAAAAGUAGCAAUAAAGACGGGAGCGAUCACGAUGAAAUAACUUUAGAGCUUUCCGAUUCAGAGAAAAUGGAUUUAUUAGAGGAUUUGGAUAGAAAAAACUUUGACAACGUUUCUAGUUCAUGCACAGAAGACUCUGAGAGCAGUUCAGACAGUGAAGAUGAUGGGGAUAGCACAAAAGAUAAAUCUUCUAGUAAAAGUGUCGAAAUAUCAAAAAGAAAUUCAGAUAAAGAUCCCAUUAAUUCAACUAAUAAGGAUACACAUGUUAGCAAAGAUUCAGAGGAAACUGAAGCACAUAUGCAAAUACUUGAAAAUGUUGAGAAUAAAAACGUAACCCAAGAAGAUCCGAAGGAAGUAACAGAAAGUGACAAUAAGGAACAACAAAAUGUGGAACAUGCGGAAGUUGUUGAAAAUUCAUCUGUGAUUCCAAACAACCAGGUUAUUGAGGUUACAACAUUGGAGGACAUACCAAUACGCGAUGAUAGUCCAAACUUGCCAGACGUUUCGGAGAAUUUGCAAAACUGUUCGAUUACAGAGAAAGGUGAUAAUGAAACUCCAAAAAAGGACAAUGAAGCAGAAAUAGGCGGUGAAAGUAAUAAACCAGAAGCAACCGAUACAUUGAAAGUUGCCAAUAGAGAUUUGUCAGAGGGAGAGUUAUCGGACCGGGAAAGUUCGGAAGUAGAAGCUUCUGACGUUAAACCUGAAGUUGUUUACAUAUCCGACGACGAAUCAAAGAAUAAGAAGGGCCAUAAGAAGAAGAAAAAUAAAAAGAAGGAGAAAAAAGCGAAAAAGGAGAAGAAAUCAAAGAAGUUCCCGGAUUUUCGUAAGGAUGGUGAUCAAAACUUUUUCAAGGAAUCAAAUGCAAUAAUCGUUACCACAGAAGAUUUAGUAACAUCCCAGCCGAAUAACAACCCCACGGCUGAAACUAUAUCAAUAGGAGAUGAUGAUGUUUACGAAAUCCUAGAACUCUCUUCUGAUUCCUCUUGCAAUGAAGAAGGCGGGAAUACGGUAUUAUCGAAAGAGCCAACGGCACAAGAAAUCGAAGCUCUAUCAGCGAAGAUAGACGAAAUAGAAAGGGAAGACGUCGUUACGGAAGAACAAAUAAAAGAACAUGAAAGGUUAGAAACCGAGAAGAAUGCAGAAGAUGACAUACAGAAUGUAUCCUGGAAAGAUCGUUAUUUGGAUAGUAAGAAAGUCAGAAGUGUAUUAUCCACGUCGAAUAUUUUUAAUGCAAUGAGGAAGAAGAAUUUAGAACUGAAAAGGAAAAUGCAGGAGGCCAAAAGAGAGACAAUGGUAGUUCCUUCGGAAGUUAUUGAAGCAAACCCGCAGACAAAUUUAGAAGAAGGCUCCAUUGAACAUUAUAAUACAUUAGAGGGUUCCACAAAAUACGUGGAUCCAAUACGCGAAGUGGAAGGUCUUCAGGAAAAAGAAGACGCCAACCAGGAGAUGGCAGAAGGGCAAGUCACAAAAGAAAUGAAAAAAGAUGCUAAGCAACUGCUAAAAAUGUACAAGAAACUUCUCAAAUACAAUGAUAUGAACCGUCAGAGAAAUCCAAAUAAGAAAAAGAAGAAAAAACAGAAAAAGAACAAAGAUGAGAAGAACAUAAGUGAACCAAAUAAGGAAAUAAAGAUAGUUUCU